ACAUAAACCACACGAAUCUUUCGUAUAUUUACAACACCCAUCCAAAAUCGCCAUGGCCAAAACAGUUGUUUCCACCAUCAGUUCUGUCGCCGCGGCUGCAACGGUGGUUCGCAGUGUCGCGCGCGAUUACUUACCUCCUGAAUUCCAAGACUACCUCCAUUUGGGGUUCCGAAAUUUCAUCAACAAGUUCUCCACACAGUUAACCAUGGUCAUCUACGAAUUCGAUGGGUUUGCAGAAAAUGAAAUCUACAAGGCCACAGAACUUUACCUUUCCACCCGAACUUCUCCCCAGAUCCACCGUAUGAAGCUCACCAAGCACGCUAACGAGAAAGACAUCAACGUCGCCAUGGAUACCAACGAAGAGUUUACCGAUAUCUACAAUGGAGUCAAAUUCAAGUGGUGUUUAGUGACUAAUAAGGCGCCGACGAGAGAAUAUUACCGCAACGAUGGUAUGAACAGAUCUACCGGAUCCGAUCUUCGAAUGCUUGAACUCACAUUUCAUCGGAAACACAAGGAUCUCGCUUUGAAGGAAUACCUCCCGUUUAUACUUAAUGACUCGAAAACGAGGAAGCAAGAAGAGAAAAGCGUGAAACUAUUCACUGUAGAUACGAUGAUGAUGCGUUCCGGCUUUCCGAGGAUGUGGGUGCCGGUGAAUCUAGACCAUGACCAUCAGGCGAAUUUUGCGACGCUGGCAAUGGAUAUAGAUGUUAAGGAGAAGGUGAUGAAGGAUUUAGACAGGUUUAUAAAGAGAAGAGACUACUAUCGGAAAGUUGGAAAAGCAUGGAAGAGAGGCUACCUGUUGUAUGGUCCGCCGGGGACUGGAAAAUCAAGCUUGAUCGCAGCCAUGGCGAAUUACUUGAAUUUUGACAUCUAUUACUUGGAGUUGACUGAUGUAAGGUCAAACUCGGAGCUGCGGAAGUUGUUGGUGGCGACUGCUAAUCGAUCGAUAUUGGUGGUGGAGGACAUCGAUUGCUUGUUGGAAUUGCACGAUCGGGUACCACCGAAAUCUUUUACCCGGCGAAAUAAAGGAAGGGGCUACCAUGAAGAACGCAAGGUAACAUUAUCUGGAUUUCUCAAUUUCAUUGAUGGAUUAUGGUCGAGUUGUGCUCAUGAAAAGAUAAUCAUAUGUACCGCAAACCAAAAAGACAAACUUGACCCUGCACUCCUCCGUCCAGGUCGUAUGGACGUUCACAUCAACAUGUCUUAUUGCACUCCGUGCGGGUUUCGGUUACUGACCUCUAACUACCUUGGGAUCACUGAACACAAUCUUUUUGAGGAAAUUGAAGAUUUAAUUGUCAAGGUGGAGAUCACUCCUGCUGAAGUAGCAGAGCAACUAUUGAAGGAUAAUGAUCCCGACAUUGCUCUUGGUGACCUCAUCAAUUUUUUUGAUGUGAAGUUUAAGGAGAACGAAGAGGCAAAAGCAAAGGCAAAGGCAAAGGAAGAAGAAUCUGCCAACAUUAAAGUAGAGGAAGAAGAAGAAUCGGUUGCAAAAGAGAAUAAGAAGAGGAAGAAGAAGAAUCUGUUGCAAAAGAGAAUGACACGAAGAAACAAAUUGAUAUGAAUGGAACUGAUUUAAUCAAUCCACUAUUAGAAAACUCAUCAAGGGAUUGAUUUAGCCAUACGCCUAUACACCCUAUCCGUCCAGAGGCGAUGCUACAUGUAUCAUUGUAUAUAAAAGGUGUCUAUCGACACUCCUUGCUUUGGAAUUUCAGUUAUGUAAAAAAAUUAUAAGGACACCCUUAGAUUUCCGAAUAAAAAUUUAAUAAGCAUGCGC